AUGGAUAUAAGUAAAGAUACGAAAAAAGUACAUAGAGUUAGUAAAGCUGGUGCUAAAGCAAAUAAAAAGAAAGCAGCAAAAUUAAAGAGAUUAGAACAAAAUGAGGCAUUAAAAGGAAGAAAUCCAAAGGCUUUCAUUGCCAAUACAUCAUAUGCAUCAUUAAAGCAACAACGUCGUGUUUUAGAUAAAGAACAAAAGAGAAUCAAUUUACCAGUUAUUGAUAGAUCAGGUACAGCAAUUGAAACCCCACCAUAUGUUAUUGCCGUUGUUGGUCCACCUCAAUGCGGUAAAACUACUUUAAUUAGAUCAUUAAUCAAAAACUAUACUAGACAUUCAAUUAACGAAGUUAAAGGUCCAAUCACAAUUGUAGCAGGUAAAAAACGUCGUCUUACUUUUAUCGAGUGCAAUAACGACUUAAACUCAAUGAUAGAUACAGCAAAAGUUGCAGAUUUAGUUUUACUUCUUAUCGAUGCAUCAUAUGGUUUUGAAAUGGAAACUUUCGAAUUUUUAAACAUUCUCAAAACUCAUGGUUUCCCAAAAGUUAUUGGUGUAUUAACCCAUUUAGAUGGUUUCAAAAAUAAUAAAAAAUUAAAAAAGACCAAAAAGAAGUUUAAGGAUAGAUUUUGGACUGAAAUUUACGAAGGUGCAAAAUUAUUUUACUUAUCAGGUGUAAUUCACGGCAAAUAUCCAAAAGUUGAAAUUCAUAAUUUAGCAAGAUUUAUUUCAGUUGCCAAUUUUGUACCAUUAACUUGGAGAAAUACACAUCCAUAUGUAUAUGUUGAUAGAUUUGAAGAUACAACUGACCCAGAAGUUUUAAGAAAUAAUAAAAAAGCCGAUAGAAAUAUUUGUCUUUAUGGUUAUGUUCGUGGUACCUAUUUGAAACCACAUAUGAAAGUUCAUAUCCCAGGUAGUGGUGAUUAUAUUAUGAAAUCAAUUACAUCAAUGCCAGAUCCAUGUCCUUUACCACAAGAAAGAAAAAAAACUCUUAAUGAAAAAGAACGUCUUAUUUAUGCUCCAAUGUGCGAUAUUGGUAACUCUAUUAUUUUCGAUAAAGAUGCUGUAUAUAUUAAUAUUCCAGAUAACAAAUUAGCUUUUUCAAAAGAAGUUGAUGAAAGUGACGAGGAAGGUGAAGGUGAAAGUAUGGUAAAGAAACUUCAAAAUACUCAAUUCUCAAUUGAUGAAAAAAUGAAAAAUUCAGAAUUUUCUUUAUUCUCAAGUAAACCAACAACUAUUAAAGCAAAUAAUACAUAUACUCAAAUUGAAGAGAUUAGUGAUAGAGAAUAUUAUGACGAACCAGAUAUGCCAACAAACGGUACUCAAAAGGUUGAAGUUAAAGAAGAUAUCAAUGGUAGAGUUAGAAGAAAGGUUAAAUUUGUUGAUUUAAAGAAAAAUCCAACUGAAUACAAUAGUGAUGACGAAGGUGAUGAAGAUGAUAGCGAUGCUGAAGAAGAAGAAGAUGAAGAAGAAGAGGAGGAAUCAAGAAAUGAAAUUGCAUUUGAUGAUGAAGACGAUUUACAAAGUGAUGAAGAAUAUUACGAUCCACAAAAUAAAGGUGGAAAUGAUGAAGAUGAGGAUGAUGAAGAGGACGAAGAUGAAGAAGAAGACGAAGAAGAAGAUGAUGAUGACGAAGAAGAAGAUGAAGAAGAAGAAGAGUAUGACGAAGAAACUGGUGAAAGUGCAAAAUGGAAAGAAAAAAUGAAACCAAACUUUACAAUUUCAAAUAAUCCAGUUAAUUUAACAAAACUAAUUUAUGGUGAUGAUUUAUCAAAUGUAAACAAUAAGAAUAGUAAAAAAGGAAACGACCAAGAUGAUGACGAUUUCUUUACAGUUAGAAAAGGUGGUUUUAGUUCAUUAAAAUUAAGUUCAGAUAAAGGUUCAGCUAAAGAUGCUUUAGAUUCAGCUAAAUAUAUACAUUCAACACACGAUCUUAAGAGUGAAGAAAUUAAAGAAUUACUCAAAAAGAAAUUUGUUUCAAAAGGUGAAUUAGAAUCAGUUGGUGCAGUUGGUAAAAACGAUUCAGGUGAUGGUGAAGAUCAAGUAUUAUUUGGUGAUUUUGAAGAUUUAGAAACUGGUAAAGUUUAUGAAGCAGGCUCAACUCAACCAAAAGAUAGUGAUGAAGAAGAUUCAGAUGACGAAGAUAAAGAAAAAGGUUCAGAUGAUGAUGAAGAAAGCAGCGAUGUUGAAAAAGAAAGAGAAAAGAAUAAAUCAAAGAAACAAAAACAAAUUGAAAAGAUUAAUGCUAAGUUUGAAGAGGGUGAAAAAGAUUAUGAGGGUGAAUUAAAUGCAGAGGCCAGACGUCAAAGAGAAAUUAAUGAAAAAGAAUUCGAACAAGAUGAUCAAUUUUAUCGUACUAAAUAUGAAGGUUUCCCAAUUGGUGUUUAUGUUAGAGUCGAGUUUGAAAAAAUCCCAUGCGAGUUCUCUGAAUAUUUUGACCCAAGAUACCCAGUAGUAGUAGGUGGUCUUUUAAGUAAUGAAGAAAAUCUUGGUAUGAUUAACGUCAACAUCAAGAAACAUCGUUGGCACAAAAAGAUUUUGAAAUCAAACGAUCCACUUAUUGUCAGUGUCGGUUGGCGUCGUUUCCAAACCAUGGUAUUAUACUCCACCAAAGAUAUUAAUGGCCGUAAUCGUAUGCUUAAAUAUACCCCAGAGCAUAUGCAUUGUCACGCCAGUUUUUAUGGUCCACUUACACCUCCAGGUACUGCCUUUGCUGCUUUCACCAAUUCAAAUAAUAAUCAAGCUAGCUUCCGUGUUAGUGCCACUGGUACAGUUUUAGAUUUAGAUAGUUCAAUCGAUGUUGUAAAGAAAUUGAAAUUAAUUGGUCAUCCAGAUAAGAUUUUAAAGAAAACAUGUUUUGUAAAUGGUAUGUUUACCAGUCGUCUUGAAGUUGCCAAAUUUGUUGGUGCUACUAUUCGUACUGUAUCUGGUAUUCGUGGUACCAUUAAGAAACCACUUUCUCAUCCAGAAGGUGCAUUCCGUGCAACAUUCGAAGAUAAAUUAAUUCCAUCAGAUAUUGUAUUCCUUCGUACUUGGUACACUGUCACCCCAACUAAAUAUUAUAAUCCAGUUACCUCACUCCUCCAAGAAAAGAAGACCAGCUGGCAAGGUAUGAAGACUGUUGGUCAAUUACGUUACGAAAACAACUUAAGUGCUCCAGUUAAAAAAGACUCAUCCUAUGAAGGCCUUAAAGUUGAAAGAGAACAAAAAUCAUUUAAACAACUUAAAAUCCCAACCAAACUUCAAUCACAACUCCCAUUCGAAGCCAAACCAAAACAAAGAGUUAUCAAAAAUCAAGAUGAUAUCCUUCUUUCAAGUCGUGUUAAUAUUGUAGAACCCCACGAACAACAAGUUGCAGACCUCAUGAAACGUUUACAAACCAUUAAAGAUAAAAAGAUUGAAAAAGAACAACAAAGAAGAGAGAGUCGUGCUGUUGAAACUAAGAAGAAACAAGAUAAAUUGGAUGUAGAAAGAGAAAAGAGACAAAAACAAGAAAAGAAGAGAAAAUCAAAAUUAGAAGCUUUAGGUAAAAUUAAAAAGAAAUCAAAAAUGGGUUAA